CGCGCACGUGCAACUUCCGAGCAAGUGUCAGUUUUGGAGUCUGUAUUUCUAGUUAACCGCUCACCCGCCAGUAGGCUUCGCGAGGAUCUGGCGACGCGGCUAGGGAUGGCACCGCGCCAGGUUCAGGUGUGGUUCCAAAACCGGAGGGCCAAGGAGAAG